AGUCAUAUCAAAAUCUCUCUGGCUCAUUCCACCGGUACCUGGUACCUCCUACGAGCUGAAGCUAAAGAAAAGCUGGAGAAAUUGCAUGGGGCCGAAUUCUACUUUAUGGACAAGAAUCAAAAAGAUUGUAUUGUCGACGAUGAAUUCAAGUUCAAUGCCCUGGUAGCGAUGACCGCACCAAAUGACGAUGGCGAACGCUUAAUUCAGCUUAAAGCCCAACUUAAAGGAAAGAGACCGUUCGGUGAUUGGACUUCUAAAGAUCUAUUAACUGAGAUCUUGAAUAUGCCGCUUGGUUCUAUUGAAGGAUUACCCUGCUUUGAUAUUGAAAGCAUUCCCGAUGGAGAACCUUUGUCCGAUGAAGACACAAACCUCUUUUUAGGCACACUCGAGAAGAUUGCGGUUUCUCUUCACAAUCAUGUCAGCACUAAUGAGGCCACAGCAUGUUGUUACAUCCACCCCUUUAUGCAUACAGCUGUGGCUCACGUCCAGUCCUCACAUCUGACGAUGCGGUUGAGUUUGGAAGAAGAUUUCGAUGGAAGCCGUGGAUACGGGCGUUUGGAUUACGUGGUCCACUGCCAUGAUAUCGCUGUCCUGGUAACGGAAGCAAAAAUGGAAUCGAUGGGCAAGGGGGUA